CAGAGCAGAGCGGCGGGCUGCUGAGCAGCCAUUCGGAUGGGUAACCUACCCACCGCAGUGAAGCACUGCCUGAGCUAUGAGCAGCUGGUUGAGGACUACCCAUGGCUGAGACGCUGGCUGCAGGAGGAGAAGACCAUUACUGGGCGCAAGUUUCCAGAGUUUGUUAAAAUUGUUGAAGUCGGGCCAAGAGAUGGACUUCAAAAUGAAAAGGAAAUUGUUCCGACAGGGGUGAAAAUCCAGCUGAUUGACAUGCUCUCAGAAACAGGCCUGUCUGUGAUCGAGGCCACCAGCUUUGUCUCUUCAAAGUGGGUACCGCAGAUGGCAGACCACAGCGACGUGCUCAGAGGAAUCAGGAGAAAACCCCUCGUCCGCUACCCUGUUCUGACUCCGAACAUGCAGGGCUUCCAGGAUGCUGUUGCAGCUGGUGCUACCGAAGUGGCGGUGUUUGGGUCAGCGUCUGAAACCUUCAGUAGAAAAAAUAUUAAUUGCUCUAUUGAAGAAAGUAUGCUGAGGUUUGAGGAAGUCGUUAACGCCGCAAAGGAGCGACAGAUUCCAGUGCGAGGGUAUGUUUCUUGUGCUCUUGGAUGUCCGCAUGAAGGACACAUUGAACCUGCCAAAGUUGCUGAGGUAGCAAAGAGAUUAUAUGAAAUGGGCUGUUAUGAAAUUUCUUUGGGGGACACCAUCGGCGUUGGUAAUCCGGGUUCCAUGUUUGAGAUGCUGCAGCGGGUGAUGAUGGACGUGCCCAUCGGUGCCCUGGCGGUCCACUGCCACGACACCUACGGGCAAGCUCUACCCAACAUCCUCACUGCGCUGGGGAUGGGGGUCUGUGUGGUGGAUUCGGCAGUGGCGGGCCUGGGAGGUUGCCCCUACGCGCAGGGUUCAUCUGGAAACGUUUCAACAGAGGACGUUCUCUACAUGCUCCACGGCAUGGGCAUUGAAACAGGUGUGAACUUGGCCAAAGUCAUAGAGGCCGGUGACUUCAUCUGCGAGGUUUUGUGCCGCAAGACAAACUCCAAGGUUGCUCAGGCAAAAGGCGGGAAACUGUGAUGAGUCUCCGUCAAGAAAUGUACUGAUUUGUGUGGCUCUGUCCUUUUUAAAGUGCUUCCCCCUGCUGCUGAUGCCUUUACAUUUAUUGCCUAAGCAUUUGAAUCCCAGCAAGUUGUUUAUAUCUCAUUUU